UUUUCUACGCUCCCGGACGCUUUCCCUACCUGGAAUACUAGCAUGCGACGAUGACUUCUAAGGAACGAAGACCAGACAAGCACGGGUCUGAUAUGUGGCGGGGUGAUGCACCUUCCGCAACGCAGAAAAUCAAGAAACUAAUGGAGCCGCAUCGGGCUAAAGGAGCGCUGUGGAAAUGGCUCAUGCUCGGCUUGGGCACGAUGCUCGGUGUGGUGACAAUGGAUGUUGUAAGGAAAUCGGCAACAAUCGCCCAGACUACCGCUAUUCCUGUCGAAAUUCUUGCCCCCUUGAUGGAUACUUCUACCAGUAGCACUAUUAUGAGUGUCGAGCUAGUGCCUGGGAUGAAGGAGCUUCCCCGUGAUUUCACAGUCACCGAUUUCCAGAAGCAGCUCUGGUGGGGAGAAGCGAUCCGGGAAAGCGACAACCAGAUCAUUGUUGAAACAAUCGAAGUUGCAAUCGCGUAUUGUAGUUCAGACCUGAAUCUAAUUUACGAAUCUGUUCUGAGUCAAGUACCCAACCAGAAACAGGCGACAGUGAAAAUAACCGUAUUGUCCAAAUGUGGGAACGAAGCGGACGUGCCCAACUUUAUUGAGGAUCCUCGUGUCAAGCUUGUUGAAGUUAUUCCGUUGCCCAAUGUGGGCGGAUGCGAUUACGCAUAUGCCUAUUUUGUCAAUCACUAUGUUGCCAAGACAACUCCUGAAGAAGCGGCGUCGUCCGUGGUUCUGUUUACAGAGGACACCCCGAGGACAAUGGAAAACUUCCGAAUACGGCCAGUCUACAAGGGAUACCGAAAUAUAACUGAAAUGCUUCGGAUUGCGUCGGGAGGUGAAUUUGCCUGUGGCGUCACACCAGACUGCGCAUAUUCCGCAUUUCACGAUACGCCUACGCUGUAUGAAUUUCGGAUAAAUGGUUAUGCAAGAACUGUUGUACAAAGGGGGCAAAGUGUAAUAGAGGACAACAAGGACUUUAAUUUGCUCCGGUAUCAGAAUCUUAGAGAGUGGCAUGAAAAGGCUCUCAACUGGACAUUUCCGAACAGUAGAGUUACUGCUGUUUGCUACGCAGCAACAUUCAUGAUCCCAGCAUGGCGUAUACUCAACUUAUCGCAGCAACCCAUAGAGCGACAUGUUAUGAAAACUCUUGAAAAGGAAAUGGCUCGGAAUGUUAGUAGCUCAAUUGAAGGGCACUUUUCGGAGAGAACAUGGGCUGGCUUUUAUUCGGUCCCUUUGGAUGAAGACCAUACCAACUUAAUCCUUGACAUGAAAUCAAAGAUUGUGCUCCGACAGGGGGCGUAUCAUGGACUUCUCAAGAGCAAUAGGGAGCGGAUGUGUUAGUGCAACAAUUUCUCGCAUAAGCUGAGAUGCUUUGCUGGCUAGGACCUAUUUCGCUAUUAUGGAAUCCGGAUAUGGAAUUCCAUCUUAUAUCCGGGCCGCUUUACAUUUAUUGUAAAUGAGGUGUUUUAAGCCUAACAGUCAAUGACAAAAAAAAAACGCAAAUAUGCU